AUGUCCUCGGCAGCCAUAGCCAAAAUAAUCUCAUCAGACCCCGGACUCCCCAGGGAAAACCCUACAGCAGCCUACUGGCAAAAGGAUCCGCACCCACUAUCCAGUGCGCAAAGCGCUUCACUCCCACUAACCACCGACAUAGCAGUCAUCGGGUCCGGAAUCACCGGAGCCAGCGUCACAAAGACUCUCCUUGAGCAGCAUGACUCCUGCACAGUCACAGUCCUCGAAGCACGCACCCUCUGCUCGGGCGCUACGGGCCGUAAUGGCGGACAGCUGGCGAUCAAUGCCGCGCAGAUAUAUGUGAAGCUGAAGGAGACAGUUGGCGCUGAGAUGGCGGGGAAGAUUGUACAGUUCAAUAUUAAGACGCUGCGUCGGCUGCGUGAGGUAGCGGCUGAGAUUGAUGCCGUGGAGUACGCGGAGUUGACGGACGUGGUGAAGUUGCGCUGUUAUAAGGAUGGUGCCUCGUUUGAACAUGUGAAACGGGGCAUUGGGGAAUUGGAGGCGGAUCAUCCGGAUUUCAAGGGUAUAUACGACAUCCUCGCUCCGGACAGAUGCCAGCGGGAGCAUGGCGUGUUCGGCGUUGUCGGCGGCGUACUACACCCAGGAGGUACUAUAUGGCCGUACAGAUUAGUUACCAGACUAUUCGAAGUAUUGGCGAAGAAAUUCCCCUCUCGCCUGGCGAUUGAGACAGGUACCCCUGUUGCUGCUGUGAGUUUCGACCCUACAACAGACGAGAAGUACCCGUACACCCUAAGUACGCCGCGGGGAGAAAUUCGAGCCCGCCAUGUCGCAUACUGCACCAAUGGAUACACUGGACAUCUCUUGCCAUCAUUGCGAGGGCCGCUAUAUCCACUCAAGGGCACGAUGACAGUCCAGGACAUGGGGGCUGGGUAUCAGAAUAGGGCCAACUCAACGUCAUGGGCGGUCCACUACGAACCACAUAACGACGUAAAAGACGACACAUUUGCCGAUGGUCUGAUAUACGGCAUGCAGAAUGUCAAGACGGGGACUAUGUUCUUUGGCGGGGAAAAGUCCGGUGUGGCAGAUAUGUUGUCGGCGAAUGAUACCGUGCUCUCUUCUUCGUCUGUCACGUACCUGAAAGACUCGGUGCUGUCCUUAUUUGGACAUGAUGGUGAGAAUGACGCGCGAACUUCGUCAAUUGUCAGUGCCUGGUCGGGUAUAAUGUGCUUUUCGUCGGAUGGGAUGCCCCUGGUUGGCCGGCUGCCUGCAUCAAUCACCGAUAGAGAAGGAGGGGGUGAGUGGAUCUGUGCUGCCUACUGUGGAUAUGGUAUGCCCAGUGCGUGGCUUGCUGGGGAGAGUCUAGGUCAAAUGAUACUGGGACGCCCACCGCAGGAUAUUCUGCCAGAGGCAUAUCUGAUCACGCAGGAGAGACUGGAGUCGAGGAUGUCUACGAAGCAGAGUGUGGAGCGGCUAUCUCAGGAUUAG